UUAUUUUUUGUUUAGCUUACUUCGAACCGUCUUUUUUUACGCUGUGUUUUUCAAACAAUCGGCGCUCAGUUCAGUUUGUAUACGGCCACUGUGGAGGAAGAUUAAAAACGCAAUAAAAUGUCUUUAGACGAGAGAUUCAAUGAAGCCGCUGAGCGGGUAAAAUUGUUGACAAAACGACCAACCGAUCAAGAAUUACUUCAAUUGUACGCCUUUUUUAAGCAAGGGACAUUUGGUGAUAAUAAUACAAGCAAGCCAGGAAUGUUCGAUUUGAAAGGAAAGGCCAAAUGGAAUACAUGGAAUGAGAAAAAAGGAAUGAGUCAAGAUGAAGCCAAAGAAAAAUACAUUGCAUUCGUCGAUCAACUUAUGGAAAAAUACAAGGAAUAAUAAAAAUACACAUCUAAGUCGUUCGUUCAAUGGUUAAUAUGUUUUUAUUUUGCCUGUUUAUUAUCGUUUGAAAAUAAAGAGGAUGUAUUGUUAAACUUGCUAAAA